CAGUGUACCCACUACACUCACUUUACCUCACCUCUGAGGCGCUACAUUGAUGUCAUUAUACAACGCCAGCUUCACGCAGCACUGAACCACAGGCCCAAUGUAUACAAUGCUGAUGAACUCAGAUGCCUGUGUGAAUCCACACAAAACAUGCUAAAGAAAGCCAACCAGUAUGAAAGAGAUGUCAAAUCUCUACGAUUUUUGAAGAAUCUCAUGACAAGUCAGGUGAUGUACGAUUGUGUCAUCUCUGAAAUGGACAUCAAGCAACAGAAAUUUUCCCUCUGCUUUACCGACGUUGAACUUCGUCUCGGUCCAAAAGCAAGAGAAAUCACAACACAGCAGCUUCAGAGAAACUACUCUACAGUAAAGAAGGAGUCUGCAGAGUUAGAGCCCAAAAUGCCGUAUCAGUGGAAAGUGAAGCUGUGCUCAAUGAAUGGUACGCCUGCCAGGUUCCUAGACCCUGAAAAGGUUGAAAUAUUCCCUAGACCAGAUGAAAAUGGCCAACUGAGCCAACUAAGCUUCUAUUCACCUGACGAGUUCAAAUGUCUUGUAAAGAAAACAGUCAAUAUCAUGAUCAAAAGCAAUGUGGUAGCAAUCCCCACUAAGACUUGGAAGAUGUUGCAAAAGUGCACAAUGAAAGGACAGAACAGUGUAGAAAUCAACAGCAAUGCAAUUCUUUGCAAUCUUCCUUCUGCAGAAGAAAGCAACCCCAUUCCCCACAAAGACCGGAAGUCCACUCUCCUUGUCUACACUCUGACCAAGGAACUGAAGCUGUUUGAUGUGAUGAAGGCUCAGCUGUGUGCCACACAGGGAAAGAAGGGUCUGACACAGGAACCAGCCAUACAGUUGCUAGAGGUAGGUCCAGGCCUUCAGAUAUGCGUCCACCACAACAGAGAUCCUGAAACGUGCUUCGUUGGGAAGAUAACUCAACAUGCCUCAAAAGAGAAAUAUGAUUCCCUGACAGAGUACGUCAACUCCUGGGAGCCACUCGUACUGUCUGAGUCAGCCUUGACCAGUGUGAAAGAGAGUGAGCUCCUCCUAAUUAGAGAUGUGGAGCUCCAAUGGCCGGACUUCCAGCUCUGCACCAGCUCCUCUGGCGACACUUACUACGUAAUGAAGGAAAGCAACGAUGCAGACAAAAAUGGGGCUUUGAUGAGUCUUUCGACUGAAUUUACGCAAUUCUCUUUCUUCUACAACUUUAAAAUGUCAGUGGGAGACUUGGUGUGCAUGAGACUCAGUAGCAGUGAUCACCAGACAAGAUAUGUGUUCCACAUGGUCAUCAAUAGCGUGAAUUUGACCGAAGGCAUGGCACCAAAAGCAGACAUCUACAUGAAGUUUGUACUCAAAGAGUCCAACUACAUAAGCUUGCAGGUUCAUGAUAUGAUACUGGCAGGAGACGCUUCGUGUGAGAUUCAACUGAUCCAUUCAUCUUUGCCUCAGAGGAGAAUGUACCGCUCAUUGAGGAAUAUUUCUAGCGGAACAGAGCUUGCACAGAGAGUUGCAUUGGGAACCUACAUCACUUCUUCAAAACACACUCGAGGAAUGGAAGAAGUUCUGUCGCCAGGUGAAGUAACUGUGGCCAGAUCCUACUGGCCACUGAAGGAUAAGAGGAGGCUUAAUGUCUACCAGCAAAAGGCUAUUGAUCUGGCAUGGAGGAACAAAUUCACCAUGAUUCAAGGCCCUCCAGGCACAGGAAAGAGUGUGACUGGUGCCCAUAUUGCUUAUGCUCUUGCCAUGAGGCUUUGCGCGGAGCACUCUCCUGGGAAAGACAAUAAACAGUGUGUCAUGUACUGUGGCCCAACACAGCAGUCUGUGAAUGUUGUACUGGAAAUAUUCCUUGAGCUUCUGAAUCACCCCACGCCGGCAAAGGAAAAAUUAAAAAUAAUUCGAGUGUUUAGUAAGGCUUUGGAAAAGACAGACUUUCGUGGAGCUGAACUCGAUGGUGACGUUUUUCUACACAUAAAACCAAGUGCUCGUUGUGACAAAAGGCAUGCAGAAUACGCCUUGCACCACAGAAUAAGAAGGGAAAACAAACAAAUAUUAGUGGAAGAAAGGCGAUUCCAAGAUUUGCACCGUGAUGGCAGAGUCCCAAGCGUUGAUGAUAUUGUGCAAUACAGGAAAAUGAAAGCUGAUGCAGAAGAAAAAGUGCUCAAAAGUGGGAUAAAUAUUGUUUUAUGCACGUGCAAUGAGGCAGCCAGUCACCGACUCACAAGCACACUCCAGCCAAAGUACUGUAUCAUUGAUGAGUGUGCCAUGGCCACCGAGCCAGAGUGUAUGGUGCCCAUCCGUAGAGCAGAACACGUGGUUCUAAUAGGAGACCACCAGCAGUUGCAGGCAGUCAUCCAGUCCAAGGAUGCUGAAAAGAUGGGUCUGGGAAAAUCUCUCUUUGAAAGAUAUGCCACGAAAAGACAUCCAAUUCAUGUUCUGGAGACACAGUACAGAAUGCACCCUGCAAUAUGCGAAUUUCCCUCAAAAGCAUUCUACAAUGGAAGACUCAAAACAGAUCCAUCUGUUAUGAGAAGACAGAGUGGCCUGAACUUGACCCACUUCUGGCCGAAACAUGACUCACCCAUUGUCUUCUGUCAAGUGGAGGGAGAGGAAGAGACUGGACACAUUGGGUCAAGAGGAAGUAGCUCACAGUCAAAGUUCAACAUGACAGAGGCCAAGAAAAUUGUGGAGAUUGCAGAGAAACUGGUCUGCCAUUACAGAGUACCCAACAGUGAAAUAGCCAUUCUGACACCUUACUCAGCCCAAAAGAGGCUAUCAGUGAAGAACUGAAGAAGAAAAUUGAACAACAGAGAAGAAGGCAGGGAAGGAAGCUUAAUAACAAUAUUCAAGUCAAAACUAUUACUGAGAGUCAAGGAAGUGAGUAUGGGGUGGUGUUACUGUCCACGGUGAGGUCUCGGAGGAUGAUGACAGGAGAGGAGGGGGAGACAGCUGACAUUGGCUGGAUCAGGAAGAACCUGGGGUUUGUGGCCGACCCCCACAGGAUCUGUGUCGGAAUUACACGCUCCAAGUUUGGUCUGGUCAUUGUUGGCAAUGAGAAUGUGCUCAAGUAUGACAGGAUCUGGAAGAAACUGAUUGAGCACUACAGGAAAAGAGGGUGUUUUGUACGAGGUGAUGAAUUUCCACACUGAAUAUUUACAACUCUCAUUGCCCAUAACACUAUAAAAAUACAUAGUUGUUUUACUCGUAUCGUGUGAAACUGAAACGAUAUAAUAUUUUAGCCAUAAUAUAGUCCUUUUUAUAUCUAUUUUAUAGUAUGUUGUCCGUAAUAUAGAAUCUGAUGUUUUAGUCAUAUCAUGUGAAACUUAAACGAUGCUUUACUUAGUUAAUAUCUAUUGUACCGCAUUUUAAAUAGUAUCUUGAGUUUAUCUUAUCAUUGUAGUAGCUGUAACAUCUUUUAUAUCCCAUUAAGAAAAAGUGAUAUGUUUUUAAUAUAAAAGUU